UGUUGACCAACUGGACUCAGUUUAGCCACAUUGUCCUAGCCAUGAGGGAGCAGCCAACUGAUACAACUUCAGAGCCUUUGAGUUUCUGGGAUCGUCACGAGUAUAAGAUCUAUAAAUAUGGUCACAUCUAUGCAUUCAUUUAUGGUCAGGUGAUUAUCGACUAUGUGCCCCAGAAACCGAUGCGGGCUCCAUUGAAAACGUUUCUGAUUGCCUACAGUCAUGUGCUGAGUCUAAUGCUAAUUGUGGUCUUACCCUGCUACUUUGGCUACUAUUUUCGGGAAUUGACCGAGUCGCGUGAUAGGCGUAUGCAAUUGCUGCUCUACGUCUAUUUCGCCAAUACGGCCAUCAAGUAUGUGACGGUGAUAGUCACUUAUCUGGCCAAUAUGGUGCACUUUACGGCCAUCAAUCAUCGAUGUACAAUGCAGCGACUGAAACUGGAGAGAGCCUUUGCCAGGACCUAUGUGCAUGGCUCGAAAUAUCCAAAGCAACGUUUCGAAUUCUUUAUGUAUUUCAAAUUCUGUCUAAUUAACAUUAUGAUGGUCAUUCAGGUGUGCGGCAUAUUUGCCAUCUAUGGCAGCGAGGCGGAAUCACAGAGUCACAUACGCAUGCAUUUUGCCAUUUAUGGAUUUGUCCUAUGGAAUUAUACAGAAAAUAUGGCUGAUUAUUUCUAUUUCAUCAAUGGCAGUGUAUUGAAAUAUCUACGCCAACUGCAUAUACAAGUGCAAAUGGCUUGGCAGGAUUGCUGCAAAUUGAGGCAACUGCACAGUGCCCAAAUGUGCGAUCGUUUGGAGGAGCUGAGACGUUGUUUCAAUCAAAUCUAUGCUCUGCAUAGGGAGAGCUUUCGCAUGCAUCAACUGCAAUUGAUGGGUCUCAUGUUGGCCACAUUGAUCAACAAUCUAACCAAUUUGUUCACCAUCUUCAAUAUGCUGGCCAAGCAAACCCUCGAAGAGAUCAGCUAUCCCAUUGUGGUGAGCUCUCUGUAUGCCCUUGGCUUCUAUAUAGACACCUAUAUAGUCACACUACUCAACGAGCAUAUCAAAAUGGAACUACAGAGCUUGACUCUGAGCAUGCGACGAUUUAGUGAGCUUGAAACUUUGGACAUACGCCUGGAUAGGGAGAUCGAAGAGUUCUCACUUCUGUUCAUGCUGAUGGGUGGCGAUCAGGAUGAAGAUCGGGGCCAUGUUAUGCUGUGUGGCAUGUUGCAUUUGGACAGACGAUUGGUCUACCUAAUUGCGGUAACGGCUUUUGCCUACUUCAUUACUCUGGUCCAGUUCGAUUUGUAUUUACGUAAAAGUAAAAUAAAUUAAAGUUUCUAUACCCUUUCUUUUGGAGGAUAGAUAUGAACCCUUAAUAUUCGAGUUUAAAAGAAGUUCAGAUUUGCAUGUGUUCUUCAACAAUUUGACCCACUGCCCUCAUCAUCUAAAACCUAAUCGU